AUGCCAGGGCGGGCGCAGCUCACAGAAAGGGGCGGCCUCCUCGCGCUGCUGGUGGAGCUGAGCCCGGAGAGCCGGGCGGACCCGGAGGAGCAGACCAGGCUGAGGGGCAUCGUGGAGGACUUCGCCACGGAUCCUUCGGAGGAGCCGUCCAAGGGCCCGCCCACCAGCAGGUCGCUCGCCUGGACGAGACCAGGGCACUUCGGCUUCCAGGAGGCCCUGCGCGCCGCCUGGCUCGCGCGGGAGCGCCGGGAGGCCCGCCAUCGCGAGCGGGAGCGCGGCCUGCUGCGGCGGCACGGCCUGGGGCCCGAGGUGCGCCGCGAGUUCCGCGGCCAGCUGGUGGAGGUGCACGCCCUCUUCGAGGAGGCUCGAGCGCUGCAGCGCCAGCGGGAGGCGCCGCCAGCGGCGCCGCCCGCGCCGCCGCCGCCGCCGCAGGGCCCCGCCGGGGAGGGCCUUGCGGUCGCCCUCCCCAGGCUGCGCGCCCAGGAGGUGAGGCACCUCAUGGGGCGGCUGGGCGUGAGCGUGCCGCCGCCGAAGGGCGAGAGCCGCCGCGGCUCCGUCGACGGCGGCCUCGGCGAUGGCCUCGGCGCGGCCGCGGGCGUCGAGGACGGCGAGGACGGGGCGCUGACCUUCGCCGGGCUGCUGGCGGAGGUGCGGGCCAGGCGCCGCGAGCUGAUGCGGGAGAGGCAGGACCUGGUGGAGGGCGUCCUCCGGGGCUUCCGCAAAAACACCAGGGGCGAGCUGUCCAUGGAGGACGUCUGCAGCAUCGUCGGGGAGCUGGGCCUGUUUCCGAACAGCCCCGACCUGCAGCGCCACGUCGCGCAGCUCAUCGAGGAGGGGGACGCGGACGGCUCCGGCGGCUGGUCCCUCGCGGAGCUGGCGCUGCUGAUCCAGAGGGUCGACGAGAGGCUCGGCCAGCUGAGGCGGAGCAGUGAGGACGCGCGCGCGGAGGAGAUGAGCUUCUCGGGAGAGGAGGUCCGCCGCCUCCGGGACGCGUUCGACCGACACAGCGCCGACGGCGAGAUGAGCCACGAGCAGGCCGAGCACGCAGUCGGCCUGCGGCUGGGCCUGCGGCUGUCGCAGAGGAGCCUCGCGCAGCACCUGGAGGUAGUUGACCCCGCCUGCGGGAGCCUCUGCUUCGUCAAGUUCAUGGAGCUCGUCCGGUCGAUCCAGAACUCGCAAGGCGGGCUCUUACUUCGUAUUGACUAG